AUGAUUACGACUAUCUGUUUAAGAGUAUGUUUUGUGGGAAUAUUCGAUGAAACAAGGAAAAUAUUUACUAACUGGGUGAUAGUUGUCCUGAUUGGAGAUUCUGGUGUGGGUAAAUCGAAUCUAUUAUCGAGGUUUACCACUAAUGACUUCAACAUGGAGUCCAAGUCCACUAUUGGAGUGGAAUUUGCAACAAGAACCAUUGAAGUGGAGGGGAAGAAGAUAAAAGCACAAAUUUGGGAUACAGCCGGCCAGGAAAGAUACCGUGCAAUCACUUCUGCUUACUAUAGAGGUGCCGUUGGGGCUCUUAUCGUUUACGAUAUAAGUAAGCCAAGCAGUUACGAGAACUGUAACCACUGGCUCACCGAAUUGAGAGAGAAUGCAGAUGAUAAUGUAGCGGUGGGGCUUAUCGGUAACAAAUCCGAUCUGGAUCACUUACGUGCAGUCCCAACCGAUGAAGCCCGUAAUUUUGCUCAGGAGAAUCAAUUACUGUUUACAGAGACCAGUGCUUUGAAGAGCGAAAACGUUGAACUUGCGUUUAGAGAAUUGAUCACAGCUAUUUAUCAAAUGGUUAGUAAACACCAAGUCGAUUUGGGUGAUUCUGGCAACAACAACGCUCCCAAGGGUCCUACAAUCAGUCUGACGCCUGCACCAAAUGAGCAUAAGAAGAAGAGUUCUGGUAACUGUUGUUGA